AUUGGCCUGAAGAAAAGUUAUGAACUAACAGAAUGGCUGCUCAAACCUACAUCGCCAUCUCUGAGCUGCAUCCCAACUUCUCUCAUCCGAAAUUGGCAGGUAUAAUCAUAGGGAAAAGUGAUGUAAAAAGCUUUCCUGACAGAAAAAAUAUUGGUGAAGAGAGAUACACAUUUAGCUUCACUGUUCAGGACUCACCUGACUUCUUCAUUAAUGUGACCGCCUGGGGACACGAUGCAUACAUCAUCGGGCUCUCCAACAGCUUCAGCAUCGGAGACUGUGUUGUCAUUGAGAAUCCUUUGGUUACCAACAAAGAUCCUGAGAAAGGGGACAAAUUCUGUCCUACAACACCAAGCCUCUACAGGCUGCUGGUGUCUGAGGCUCACUCUCAGGUACGUCUGUGCGCUGAAGUGGACACCAUCGACAGGCUGCUUCCUCUGAUCCACCUGCCAGUGAAGGACUCUGGAGAUUUUUACUCUCUUGGAGACAUUGUGGCCAACGGGCAGAAGCUGGACGGCAUGGCGAUAAAUAUACUGGCUGCAUUGAAGUCGAUCGGAGAGCUGAAGCAGUUCACCACUUCAGACGGACGCAAAGGGCAGCGCCUGGAAGUGAAGCUCUUCGACGACUCCGUCUCCUCCUUCCCUCUCAUCUGCUGGGACAGAGAAGCCAUUCAGCUCGUCCAGACGCUGAUACCGAAGGAGACGGUUCUCUUCAUCGCCGACGCAAAGAUUAGCUUUGACAGCUUUCGCAACGGCAUGACGGCAACCGUUAACUCCAAAACCAUUAUCACUGUCAAUCCUGACACGAGAGAAGCCAGCCUGCUGUUCAGCUACGCUAAGGAAGUGUCCGAUUCUGGGGCUCUGGAUCAAGAUGAGAAGCCAGAAGAUGUACCUGUGGACUCCAUUACUGACGUGUACACAGUGAGCCAGCUGAAGCAGAAGGCCCAGGAGACUCCUGAGCCUUUCUUUGGUAUUACAUACAGCUUCAUCUCCAAGCUGGACCUCGACUCCUCUGUUUCAAAAGUCAUCAAGACACGCUGCUCCAGCUGUAAGUUUCAGGUGACAGACGACGCACAGAGCUGCACCAACCAGCUAUGUCCGGGGAGGGAUCAGGUCUUUUCAGCCUCCACAGGCUUUGACCUGCUGGUAGACUUUACCGACCACACCGGUACUCUGCACGCCUGCCCCCUCCGCAGCCCUGUCACAGAAAAAGUGCUCGGCUGCACGACUGAGGAGUUUACCAGUUUGACUGAUGACGAGCGGACCACAAUGAAGUGGAAGUUUCUUUUGGAGAGGUGCAAAAUACAUGUCAAGAUUAUCCCCUCCUCUAAAUUGAAGUCUGGGAUGAGAGGGAUGGUCUUGGCCUGUUCUCUGGCUGACCCAGGAGAGGUGAAACAGCACAUGACGGCCCUGCUGCAGCCGCUGUGAUUUGACAACACGCUCUUACUGCACAGGUGUUGCAGUAAGCUGCUUUACCUGUGAUACUGCUCUGAAGAGCUAGUUAUAAUGUUCA